AUGUCUUCUGCCACGUCCUCGAAGACCUCUACUUCAUCAGAGCAUCAGACCGUCCAAGUUGAAUUUGGAGGUCAGAAGGUCGGUGUACCUAAAGGCGGUUAUUACGACCGCUACCGUAUGAAUCCGAACCUGGAAGAGGUAUCCCGCGAUCCAGCUGUUGGACCCAACCUUGAUUUCUUCCGGAAGAUCCCAAAGAGAUUGGUCGAUUCGAGGGUCGGUCAGAUAUACGCUCCCAACUUCUAUUAUCGCACAAAGAGUGUUCAACUUGUCUUUCUCGCACCACUUGAUACCUUGAAAUCGAAGCUACCACCGCCUUUAGAGCCUCUUCAAGCAAUUCCUGGUUAUGGUUUGGUCGCGUUGACGUUUUACUCGUACCUGGUGUGCGAUAACGAUCCUUACAAUGAGGUUUCGAUCGCGAUCAUCAUCCGUCGGCCCGGUAUAAAUAGUUACAGUGCGACGCAGCUUCUCAGCUCAAUGUGGAACCGAACUUUCUAUGGGUAUGUGCUGGCUCUACCUGUCGAUACUGAGAUUGCUCGAGUACGUGGAGUAUACGGCUACCAACUCCCUAAAUGGCUCGCCAUUAUCAACCUGGAGAUGGACGAACACAAUAUUAAAGCCGAUGUUACCUCAAUCGACGGGAAGUUCGAUCUGAUGCUGGAUGUACCCCUCCCAGCCUUGCGAGCUGUACCGUCGGAAUCUUCAAUCGGUACCAACAAUGCAAUCAACGAGAUCGACGGGAAAUGGUGCCAGGUGACUGUGCAAACGAACCCACUCCUAGGGGCGCAGACUCUUCUCCCCAGGAACGUCAAGCUCUCUCGAGGCCAAGGUCCGCUGAGCGAGCUUCUUACCGAAUUAGGCGUGUCGACCAUUUUGAGGAUGGAUGUACUUAAGGAUGCACAGAUGAUUCUGAAUAUGCCCAUUCCUUUACAAUUGUGUGAUAACACCAAGCUUUAA